CGCGUCGGGAGCCCGCCCGUCCCAUCGGCAAAGGGUGCGUGGCCAGGAGAGCCAGCACCUCGCCGUAGUGCGCCCGGCAGGCGUCGGUUGUGUCGGGAGCGCGCCCGUCCGCUCCUCAACUGCCGGGCCCAGGGCCUGAGAGGCGCGCAUCAUGAGCGGCGGCGAAGUGGUCUGUUCGGGAUGGCUCCGCAAGUCCCCCCCGGAGAAAAAGUUGAAGCGUUAUGCAUGGAAGAGGAGAUGGUUUGUGUUACGCAGUGGCCGUUUAACUGGAGAUCCAGAUGUACUGGAAUAUUACAAAAAUGAUCAUGCCAAGAAGCCUAUCCGUAUCAUUGAUUUAAAUUUAUGUCAGCAAGUCGAUGCAGGAUUGACGUUUAACAAAAAAGAGUUUGAAAACAGCUACAUUUUUGAUAUCAACACUAUUGACCGGAUUUUCUACUUGGUAGCAGACAGUGAGGAGGAGAUGAAUAAGUGGGUUCGUUGUAUUUGUGACAUCUGUGGGUUCAAUCCUACAGAAGAAGAUGCUGUGAAGCCACCUGGCCCUUCCUUGCAAGCACCAGCUGAUUUACCUUUAGCUAUAAAUACAGCACCACCAUCCACACAUGUGGAUUCAUCCUCUGCUACUCUACCUCCUCCAUAUCAGCUAAUUAACCUCCCACCACACCUGGAAACUCUUGGCAUCCAGGAGGAUCCUCAAGACUACCUCUUGCUAAUCAACUGUCAAAGCAAGAAGCCUGAACCCAUGAGAACACAUGCUGACUCUGCAAAAUCCACCUCUUUGGAAACAGACUGCAAUGAUAACGUCCCUUCUCAUAAAAACCCUGCUUCUUCCCAGAGCAAACACGGAGUGAAUGGCUUUUUUCAACAGCAAAUGAUGUAUGACUCUGUACCAUUGCGCACUGCAUCAGUUUCUGUAGACUCUAGCCUUUAUAACCUGCCCAGGAGCUAUUCCCACGAUGUUUUACCUAAGGUAUCUCCAUCAAGUACUGAAGCAGAUGGAGAACUCUAUGUUUUUAAUACCCCAUCUGGGACGUCGAGUGUAGACACUCAAAUGCGGCAUGUAUCUAUUAGUUACGACAUUCCUCCAACACCUGGUAACACUUACCAGAUUCCACGAACAUUUCCAGAAGGAACCCUGGGACAGACGUCCAAGCUAGAGACUAUUCCAGAUAUUCCUCCACCUCGGCCACCAAAACCACAUCCAGCUCAUGACCGAUCUCCUGUGGAAACGUGUAGUAUCACACGCACGGCCUCAGAUACUGACAGUAGUUACUGCAUCCCUACAGCAGGAGUGCCACCAUCACGUAGCAAUACCAUUUCCACUGUGGAUUUGAACAAAUUGCGAAAAGAUGCUAGCUCUCAAGACUGCUAUGAUAUCCCACGAACAUUUCCAAGUGAUAGAUCUAGUUCACUUGAAGGCUUCCACAACCACUUUAAAAUCAAAAAUGUAUUGACAGUGGGAAGUGUAUCAAGUGAAGAACUGAAUGAAAAUUACGUUCCUAUGAAUCCCAACUCUCCGCCACGGCAACAUUCCAGCAGUUUCACAGAACCAAUUCAGGAAGCAAAUUAUGUGCCAAUGACACCAGGGACAUUUGAUUUUUCUUCAUUUGGAAUGCAAGUUCCUCCUCCUGCUCAUAUGGGCUUCAGGUCCAGCCCAAAGACCCCUCCCAGAAGGCCAGUGCCUGUGGCAGACUGUGAACCACCCCCUGUGGAUAGGAACCUCAAGCCAGACAGAAAAGGUCAAAGUCCUAAAAUUUUAAGACCCAAACCCCAUGGUUUAGAGCGAACUGAUUCACAAACCAUAGGUGACUUUGCUACAAGAAGAAAGGUCAAGCCAGCACCUUUAGAAAUAAAACCUUUGCCAGAAUGGGAAGAAUUACAAGCUCCAGUUAGAUCUCCCAUCACUAGGAGUUUUGCUCGAGACUCCUCUAGGUUUCCCAUGUCCCCACGACCAGAUUCUGUGCAUAGCACAACUUCAAGCAGUGACUCACACGACAGUGAAGAGAAUUAUGUUCCCAUGAACCCGAACCUGUCCAGUGAAGACCCUAAUCUUUUUGGCAGUAAUAGUCUCGAUGGAGGGAGCAGCCCUAUGGUAAAACCCAAAGGAGACAAACAAGUGGAAUACCUAGAUUUAGAUUUAGAUUCUGGAAAAUCCACACCACCACGUAAGCAAAAGAACAGUGGUUCAGGCAGCAGUGUAGCAGAUGAGAGGGUGGAUUAUGUUGUGGUUGACCAGCAGAAGACCCUGGCACUAAAGAGCACCCGGGAAGCCUGGACUGAUGGGAGACAGUCCACAGAAUCUGAAACACCCACCAAGAGUGUGAAAUGAAAAUGCUCUGUUGCCGUGUUUGAACAAAUGAGAACUGAAUUGUAAAGAUAAAUCCCGAGAGCAGAACCAUAGUCACAGCAGUGUUUGACUGAAGAUAACUUGACUCUUCUACUUUAGGAGAUCCUCAGAUGAGUAGGGUUGAAGUCAAAGGACCUUUCAGACAUAAUCAAGUGAUUUAGACCCUAAAUGGUGCUUUGUGGUAUCAGAACAAUUCAAAACAUGUAAAUAAUGUGGGAAAAUAGUAUUGUUCAGCUCCCAGACACCACUUGUUCCACAGUUAACAUACUUGUAGUAUUACUGUAUUUAUGCACUUUUUCAUUUAAAACAUUGGUUUGGGUAUUCCCAAAUGUACCUUAACGUAAUUCCUUUGGGAGUUCUUGUUUUUCCUCACACUACUCUAUAUAACAAUACUAAGUUAAUUAAGCUACUUUUAGAUUUGGAAGUUGCUGUUUAAACUACAAUUUAACAACGUUAAAAUGAGAAGUGGAUUCACAAUUUAACUGUCUACCUGAAACUUCAGGUGGUAACCAUUAGCUUAAAAUAGAGAGUAUAGUUGGGCUCAUCAUUCAUUGCCUUCCAAACUGCUGAUGAUGAGGUAUGUACUGGUUUCAGGACCUCGCUCUCUGACUCAUGUACAUUUAGUUGUUAAUGGUGGAAUUUUAUUGUAUUUUGUUAAUUACAGUGUUUGGGUUCAUUGGGUGAAGAUUCUGCCGGGUGGGAUCUUGCACUCUUUAAAGACUGAAUAAUAAAAAUUAUCAAGUAAGCCUGCAGAUCACUGAUGGCAUGCAGUGACGAUGUGCUCUCACACUUGUUAACGCGUAUUAAACUUUACAUUAUUUACAAAAGGUAGAUUAUAUAACUAAUCAGGUACGUACCAGGCACUGAUGUGCUAAUACACUGAUCAGGUUUAGACAAUGAGCGUUAGUUUUGUUUUUGUUAGUCCUAAUAUUGGUUUCCAGGUUGGAAUUAAUGGAACAGUUGACAUUCACUGUUAGUUAUAGCAACAUACUGUGAUUUUUAAUUAGACAGUAAUUCAGACUUAUUACUCUAAGAAUGAAAAUUCUAUCUUUUGACACCAUAGUGCCCUUUGUAUGAAUUUUUUUUUCUUUUUUUUCCUUUUUUUACUUAAUAUCCUUCUUGGCCUUAUAUUUAAAUCCCUAUGCAAUUAAAAUUUUAUAUCUGCAUUUAAAAAAAAUAGAUGUUGUAUAAGUGAUUCUCAUAUGUAGCACCUGUUGGCUUUUCUAGUAAAAGAAUUAAAGAUUUUGUACUGUGAUUCAUAUUCACUGCCCCAAUUCAAGAAUUGUUGGAGUCUUGCAAUAAUGUGAAAUCUUACAGUCAUGGACCCCUUCCAACCCGAUUUCCAAAACCACCGUAGGAAUCUUAUAAUUCUAUCCCACCUGUAACAUGGUCCUAUGACGUGGAUAUCAAGACCACAAAUUACGGUGAGGCUACAAUUUGUAUUCAUCGUCUCGCCUUUGCAGUGUAAUUUAGGAAGCAGGUAUAAUUGUUUGUUUUUUAAACUAAGUUGUAUACAAUCUCUUAUGUGUUGAUUUAAGACUUACUAACAGUUCUGGAGGGGAUGCAAAGGUAAGAGUGCGCAGAGCUGAAGCGUGCCCUCCGUUCUGACCUCCAGUUGUUGCCUGAGUACACGGAUGUGCCCUGAUUCCUGGCCUGUUGGCCAUAGUACUGUGCCUAAUCAAUGUAAUGGUGUAUUUCCCCAGUCCACACACUAAAAAUGUUCAUAACAAGAUGAAUUGUAGACCAGUAAUAUUUGAUGCUUUUAAACGUUUCACUUAUUUUUAAACAAAAACUAAAACUCAGAAGUGAAUUUUGAGGUGGAUUUUUAAAUAAAAAAGACUGUUUGAGUUUGGUGUGUAUAAGCUGUUUUAUAAUAAAACCAUGAAAUCUGAAAUCAUUAAAAUGUGCCUAAACUGUCAAAACGCACAACACAUUUGAUGUGUGAAGACACUAAAUUGUAUUACCUGGAGCAUGAACAUAUUUUGAGAUUUAAAACCCAACAAUAAAUAUAUGAAUAAUUAAAAAAUAAAAAUCAUGGUUGAAAGCUGUAUAUUGAAAGAGACUAAAACAAUUGUGAAUAUUUUUAGUGUAAUUUCUCCUUAAUUUUUUACAAGUUACUUUUUUAUGAAGAGCUGCAACACUCCGAUUUGUAGAAAUUGUCUCAUUAUACAACAUAAUUCAGGAAUUGAAGAGUAUUAGAAAGGUGGUUUCUUUUAGAAAACUAAAUCACAUUAAAUAUUGUAUUAUUAAACGGCAGUUUCUUAUACAGCAUUAUUUUCCAAACUUUUUUUUAGCAGUAGAAUCUUCUUUUAAUAAAAUUUUAUGUGUAACCUGAGUACAUAAAGCCUGCAAAGUCCAUUUUAUCAGUAUGUAUGAAUUUUGAGUUCACAUUUAUAAUGUUUACUUAAUCCAUUACUAAGAAUAUUAAGAUUUCUCAAUAACAUAAAAGUGAAAUUGGGAUUAUAGUUGAUGAAACCUCAGCAGCCAGUUUACUUCUGUACCUUGUUUUAUUUCCAUGGUUUCAAGGAAAGUCUGAUUGGCACAAAUAUAAGUUAGUGCAGAUAGUAACAGGUUUUAAACACACAUCUCAGGAGAGUCUUUAUAUAAAGAUAGCUGCAGUUGUACACCAAGGCCUAUACAAAAACAAGUUAUCCUGGUGGUAGUGGGAGUUAUCACCAGGAGUCUCCAGUAUGGUGAAAUGUUGUUGUUAGGUUCCGUCAAUUCUGACUCACAGCGACCCUAUAAUAAGGGUAUGUAAAUCAUUAAAUAUGCAUUAAGUUUUUAAAAGAUACACUUAUAAAAGCAAAAUUAGAUCAAAUCCUUUUAAUACCCCUAACUCACCUCCAAGAAGCUAGGUUUCAAGCAGGGUUCUCUUGAAAACCACUGGUUAAUCAAGUGACAGUUACGA